AUGCUGACCACCAUUGUGCUAGGCUCCAAGGCGGAUAUCCCCAAGGAUCUUCUCGAUGAAGUCAGGAAGCUGGAGGAAAUCUUCACCGUCGACACCGGCAAGCUCAAGGAGAUUACUGACCACUUCGUCAAUGAACUUGCCAAAGGUCUCAGCGUCGAGGGUGGCAGCAUCCCAAUGAACCCUACCUGGGUCAUGUCCUACCCUGAUGGGUACGAGACUGGCUCUUUCUUGGCUCUCGAUAUGGGUGGAACCAAUUUGCGUGUCUGCGAGAUCACUCUGACAGACCGCAAGUCGGAGUUUGACAUUAUUCAGUCCAAGUACCGCAUGCCAGAGGAGCUCAAGACUGGAUCCAGCGAGGAGCUGUGGGAGUACAUUGCGGACUGCCUUCACCAGUUCGUCGAGACUCACCACGGCGACUGCAGCAAGCUGGAGCCGCUACCUCUUGGCUUCACAUUCUCCUAUCCGGCCACUCAACAUCACAUCGACGAGGGUGUUCUCCAGCGCUGGACCAAGGGGUUCGACAUUGCUGGCGUUGAAGGACAAAAUGUCGUGCCAAUGUUUGAGGCUGCUAUCGCUAAGCGUGGUGUCCCCAUUAAACUGUCGGCUUUGAUCAACGACACAACGGGAACAUUGAUUGCUUCAGCAUACACUGAUACCAAGAUGAAGAUUGGCUGCAUCUUCGGAACUGGAUGCAAUGCCGCCUACAUGGAGGAUUGCGGCUCCAUCCCCAAGCUGGCGCACAUGAACCUCCCCCCUGACUGCCCCAUGGCUAUUAACUGCGAGUGGGGUGCUUUCGACAACGAGCACAAGGUCUUGCCUCGCACCAAGUACGACAUCUCAAUCGACAACGACUCUCCUCGCCCUGGCCAGCAGGCAUUCGAGAAGAUGAUUGCUGGUCUCUACCUGGGCGAGAUCUUCCGAUUGGUCCUGGUAGACCUGCAUGAUAACAAGGAAGUCCAUGUCUUUGAGAACCAGGACAUCUCCUUGCUCCGCAGACCUUACACUCUGGAUUCAUCUUUCCUGUCUGGAAUUGAAGAGGACCCCUUCGAGAACCUUCAGGAGACUUAUGAUACUUUCCAGUCCAAGCUCAACAUCAAGCCUACGGUACCGGAGCUUGAGCUGGUCCGCAGACUGGCGGAGCUCAUCGGAACACGAGCUGCUAGGCUCUCCGCCUGCGGUGUUGCGGCCAUUUGCAAGAAGAAGAACUACGAGUCUUGCCAUGUCGGUGCUGACGGAUCCGUCUUCAACAAGUACCCUCACUUCAAGGCCCGUGGCGCACUAGCCCUGCGCGAGAUUCUCGACUGGCCUCAGAAGGCUAACCCCAAGGACGAGGAUCCAGUCGAGAUUCUGGCGGCCGAGGAUGGUAGCGGUGUUGGAGCUGCUCUGAUCGCUGCUCUGACCCUCAAGCGUGCCAAGGCGGGCAACUUGGCUGGUAUCCUGCAUCCUGAGCAUUUUGUUUGA